AUGAGCACCGAUGACGUCAUUGCGAUCUCAUCCCACACCUUUGGGGGGCCUGAUACGGAGUCUUCGAGACCAUAUGACGUGGAGGAAGACGUGAGCAGCGUGGCAGAGUUGAAUUCUGUGCGGGAGCAAUUUCUCGCCCGGCGAACUUUACCCCGGGUGCGGGAAAUACCUUCCCUGGGGAUGGAAAGUUUGAACCUCAACUCGACCAUUGGCGGAGGGGGAAGACGACGGGGCAGCUCAAUCCUGAGCACCGACUCGCAUUCGAGCUGGGGGGUGAACCCUUUUAGCUUGCCCGAUAUCGACCGGAGCCACCCCUCACGAGAAUCAAACCUUGACGACUGUCUGUUUAGCCUGAGAGGCUUCCCAACCCACGUCUCCUCCGGUGUAUUCGACGCCGGGGAGUUGACGAACAACGACGUCCCCUCCUCCACGCAUCGUUAUGGGGGAAGUGUGGAGGAGGGGCCCAUCCUCACCUCCGGCAGCGGGGGGAGCAAUGUUCGGACAAUCCGAUUGCUCAGCCGCAUGCACCGCCAACAGCUCUACGAGCCCUACCUGCGAGACGUCAGCGGGGGAGGGGAAUCCGUUAAUAAUCCUCGCGGCGGGAGAAACUCCACAACCAUGCGGACGACUGGAGGGGGAACAUCAAACCCUACCUCAAAACACCACACCCGCCGCUGA